AACGACCCAAGGAAUUAAACGGUGAACUUUCUUUGUGAUUUGGUGGUCAUUUUCUUCCGGGUUUAAUUUAAUUUAAGAAAGAAAUUUGGUGAAGAGGUUUUUGUUGACUUUAAAUCUAUUGGAAAGAAUAUGUUUUACAAAGAACGGACUGUUUGUCUGCUUAUUACUGCAGGCAGUAUGUUUAUUGCCAUUACACAAAACUGUCAAAUUUCACCAAAUCUCGAUGAUUGUGGAAACAUGGGAUUACUAUGGAAUUGCAGUGGAUCCAAUUUAAGCAGAUUGCCAACAUCGUUUCCUCCUGAGUUAAAGAAUCAGAAUGUUACUUUGGAUCUCUCCUUCAAUCGAUUUUCUUCCGUGACGAAGGAUACAUUUGAGCAGAUCGCUUCCUAUUCCAACGUGACGUCAGUAAUUCUCCAUCACAAUGACAUAACUGAGGUAGGAAAUCUGGCAUUUCAUGGAUUGUCCAAUUUAUGCAGUUUAGACCUCUCUAGCUCUAAUCUUGAAAAAAAUAAGUUCGGUACUGAUGCGUUUCUUAAUAUUUUUAAACUUCAAAUUCUCCAAAUUCAUUAAAACAACUUCCAAUAUCAAGGUUAUCCGGAUCUUUCACUGUCUAGGCUUCAUUCCUUGAUAUUUUUGAAAAUUGACAUCUUUAAUAAAUUUUCUUUCUCAAAAGCAUUUCAAAAUCUGAUAAAUUUAUCUCAAUUAAAAUUUAAUAUCCUAGGUGAGUUUAGCUUGACAAAUUUAUCUUUUUACGGACUUAACCGUUCUCCAAUUCGAAGCAUAAAUAUGGAUUUCAAAAACCACGUAAAAUGUGACGUAACAGAAGAUCUUUUCUGCUCUUUUCCGUACUUAAGCGAUGAAAUUUUCAUAAACUUCGGCGGCAAAUGCAACGUAUCAAUUGCACUUAGGUCUCUUAAAUGCUUACAAAACCGAGAGAUAAAAAAUAUUUUUAUGUAUGAAAAUAAGAAAAUUGUUGCAACUGAUAUAGUUAUCCUAGAUUAUUGGUCAAUGGAAUUUCUAAUCAACAUCUGUGUAAGGGCUCUCACAUUGGGAAAUAACGAGAUACGUAUCGUGAAGACAAAUAUUUAUAACACAACAUUAUGGAACUGUUUAGAAUACCUUGAUUUUAGUGGGAAUAAUAUGCAUAUUGUCGAUUUUACAAUGGUUAUGACUCUUUUAACUCUUCCAAGGACCCGGAACAUGAAUCUGUGCUGCAACAACAAACCUUCUCGUCAAAACGAAUUCAAAUACGACCGACUCCAUAUUCCAAAAAGAGGUUAUACUUCAAAUAAUAUCACAUUACCAAAACAUUUGGAAGUUCUUGACUUUUCUGAAAAUUACAUUCAUAACGUAAAAAGAUUGGUUCCUCAAAUUGAAGAAACAGGUGAAAAAUUGCAAGAAUUGUAUCUCCAAAGAACCAAUUUCCAUUUUGGCGUUGCACGCAUGCUUAACUUUAAGUCUUUGCUUAAACUUGAUUUAUCAGAAAACAGUUUUCAACGUAUUCAUUUAAAUAUUCUUCAACAGGCUCCAAAUCUUCGCCAUUUUUAUGCUGUGAAUGUCAGAUUAAAUGAAACACCUUCAUUAAUUUCUAAAAGCUUAUUUUCUAAUCUAAAAAAACUAUCAACAAUCGAUAUUUCAGAAAAUAGUUUGACCUCUUUGCCUAAAUCAUUACUAAAUGAUCAAAGACAAUCUUUUUUAGAAAUUAAACUGGACCUCAAUAGGUUUUCAGUGACGCCAAGUUUUUUAAUGGAGCUUGAAAAUUUAGAAAUACUUUCAAUCCGAUAUAACUUAAUUUCGAAAUUUUCUGAGAGAGAUCAAAUUUUAUUCAAAUCAUUGAAAAAUAUAUCAAUCUACAUAGAAGGAAAUCCGAUUUCUUGUGCAUGUCUAAACUCUCGGUCUUUGAAAUGGAUGAAAAAUCAUCAAUAUGUAUUUUCAGAUAUAAGCAAAGUUUUAUGCGUGGAAAAUAAAUCUUCUAUUGUUAAACUGUUUAACGAACAAACCUGGAGGAAAUUUGAGCUGAACUGCCAGACAAACGAAUUGCUUAUCUUUUCUGUAGGAUUGCUGGCAUUAACAAUUUUAACAUUAUCUAUUACCGCUGCUAUUAAAAGAUAUUGCGUUCAUUUGGAAUAUGUCAUUCUACGACUUAAAAACAGAUGGAAAGGUAUUAAUCCACAAUGUAAAAAUGAGUUUCUUUACGAUGUGUAUGUUUCAUACAAUGAUGCAGAUUAUUCGUGGAUCAUUAGAAUAUUGUAUCCGAAAUUGAACGUUUUGAACAUAAAAACCUGGUUUGGAGAUAAGGAUUCGAUUCCAGGACGUUGGGAAUCGGAGGAGAUAGUCAGCUGUAUUAACGAGAGCAGAAAAGUGAUGUUUAUUAUGAGCGAGAGUUUUCUUGAAAGGAGAUGGCACUCGUAUGCUGUUCAAAUGGCAAUAACCCACGCAUUUCAUAACCAAGGUCAAGGAUCUAUCGUAGUUAUCAUUAAAGAUGGACUUCCUCUGGAUAGGCUUCCAAACGAAAUCAAAAACAUUUGGUGGUGUAUUGAGCAUUUCAGAUGGCCAGAGGAUGAUUACAGCGACGAACACAUUCUCUCAAAAUUAUCAAGUAUCCUGAGACAUGACUAGACAUGACUAGACGUACAGCUUUGCUUUAUUAAAUAAAUGUGUGUCUUCACCUUAUGUAGCGAUAAUUAUUACAUAUCAGUCAUUAAAGUUUGCAAAACAGUACAUUUAUUUGGGUUUUUUUUAUCUCUGUAUAUUGUAGUGCAUUAUGUAUCUAUAAUAAAAGUUAAGUAAU